GUUGCUUCUUCUUCCCACUCGUCCUCGUCCUCCCUCCCCUGUUCAACAUCGGCAGCAGCCUCACACACCCGGGCUAUGCUUGUGGCAGUUUAGCUGCAGCUAGCUCCAAGUUACACGUCCUCGUCGAAACAAACGGUGCUCGUUAGCUGGAGGACACCGCGGCGCUGCCUCCCUCUCCCCACAUUUCUAACAGACUCUUCUGCCUCUAUCUGCGGCUCCUCCCCGGGGAGGAAAAAAAAGGAGCGCUUACUGGGCUUCAGUACGGAAAAAAAGUAAAGGUUCUGGAGAAUUGGAGCGGGCUAACGCGGGCGUGGUAGCAGGGGGAAAAAACCCUCUUCAUCCUUGUUAGCGAAACUUCCAGAAGUAGCAUCCACCACCAUGUCGCUGUCGGUGCCGCAGAACGGAGUGAAGGCGGACUCUGAGCCCGUUAUCGAGCUCUUUGUGAAGGCGGGAAGUGAUGGCGAGAGCAUCGGGAACUGCCCCUUCUCUCAGAGGCUCUUCAUGAUCCUGUGGCUUAAAGGAGUCGUCUUCAACGUCACCACGGUCGAUCUCAAGAGAAAGCCGGCAGACCUCCAGAACCUGGCCCCCGGCACACACCCGCCCUUCGUCACCUUCAACGGCGAGGUCAAAACUGACGUCAACAAGAUCGAGGAGUUCCUCGAGGAUGUGCUUUGCCCACCGAAGUACAUAAAGCUUGGUGCGAGACACCCUGAAUCAAACACAGCUGGUAUGGACAUCUUUGCAAAGUUUUCAGCGUACAUCAAAAACUCCAAACCCGAUGCAAAUGAGGCUCUGGAGCGCGGGCUCCUGAAGACCCUGCAGAAGCUGGACGAGUACCUCCGAUCACCGCUGCCCGAUGAGAUCGACCACAACAGCAUCGAGGACGUCAAGGUCUCCAGUCGCAAGUUCUUGGAUGGCGAUGAGAUGACUCUGGCCGACUGCAACCUGCUGCCAAAACUGCACAUAGUUAAGGUGGUGGCCAAGAAGUACAGAGGUUUCGACAUCCCCAAAGAGAUGACGGCCAUCUGGAAGUACCUGAACAUCGCCUACACGCGCGAGGAGUUCACCAACACCUGCCCCAGUGACAAAGAGAUCGAGAUCGCCUACGGAGACGUCGCCAAGAGGCUGGUCAAAUAAACCUCCUCCUCCUACCUCCCUCCCUCCACCGGUCACUGUGUAGUCACUCCGUCACCUCCCCCCUCUACACCUCCUUCCUCCCUCACUCUUCUCCCCUCUCUCUCUUUCUGCUCAGCACCAGGACUGAUGUGCUCAUCCACGAGAAAGAAAAAAACAAACUCUGGACCUCUUUUUCUUCUCCCCCCCCUCAUUUAGAGCAAAUGCAUGAACCCUCAUCCGUCUCUGUCCCACGUUUUGAUUAUUUUCUUAAGUCGGUGCAGUCGUUCCACCUCCAAUUUCUCUUGUUUAUUCAUUUGCUGAUGAACGUCCUGAGGAGUCGUGAGACAGAAAGGCAGCCGUCGUGCACGAGCGUCGUCGAUGACCACACGCCCUGAUAAGUGACCUUCAAGCUGACCUUCUCUCUGCAUGAAGGGGGGAAAAGGUCACCAGCUGUCAAUUUUCUACUUGUUUAAUAAUGAUUAUUUUGCUCUUUCUUUGCUAUAAAAAUGAAACACUGAGAAGCAGUUUUUUUUUGUCUUUUUGCUUAUUGAGAGGCGUCGUAAACAGUGUUGAAGCUUCAGUGUUUUUUGUUUAUUUUGACAGGUUUAAGUAGAAGCUGAAGCUAAUCCAAACUUAAGUGGUUUACAUAUCAGAUAAGUGAUGCUUUUACUUUUUAUUAUUGCUCAGCAAAAAUCAUUGUGACUGCAGGUAAAGCUACCUGGCAUCCAUGCUCUGAUUUCCUCAUUGCCUUAAAACAGGCAAAAACUCAGUAGAAUUGUGUUUUCCCUGUAACCGCUGCAACACUCGCAACUCAGGAAAAACAUCACCUGAGGUCUAAAACAAAUAUUCAACUCUAUGUAGCUCACAGACAUGUUUAAAGGGAUUGUUUAAGGACUUUUUUGUAAAUCACUACAUUGCCAUACAGACACGAGUCUUUCCUUCUUAUGAGUGGAGGUGAAAAGACUCUGGAGGUGAAAAGAAAACACUUAACGCUAAAGAUAUUUAUGAUAAAAACACGCCGAGCAGCGUAGCUAUGGAACGUACCGUGUGCCUGUGAACGUAUGUAACGAUACAGUAGCUCCGAGAGUGCUUUAGCGCGGAUGAAACAAAAACCAAACCUCCUUUUUGUUUUUGUUUUCUCCCGUUUGCCAUAUUUUUCAGACGUUUUGUGAUGGUAACUAAUUUUUCGACGGCAAACGUAAGUAAGGACUUGUAAAUAUUUGUUUUGGAUUUCUCAGAAUUCAACGUGUAAAUUUUCUACGUAUCAUCAGAAUUUUGAGGGCGGGCCAUUUUUCCCUCGCCUGCUUGGAUUUGAAUUCUGGACUAACCCAUUUCUCUCUGCAGAGGUUUAACAGGAAGGUUUUUUUUGUUUUUUUUUCUCCGCCCCCCCAGAGAUGAUUUCAUAACAUGUGUGAAGUUGUUCACAGAAAAAUAUCCGAGCUAUGUCGACUGAACUGAAAUAAACUUCUUAUUGGCAA